AAUAUGUUAGGUUUUUAAUUCAGUAACUGGCAUAUAGAAGAUACACAGUGUUAACUGAAGAAUCCCAAGGUUUAUACAUUUGGAGAGGAGAGCUUUAUUUCCUUUCUUUUCUUUUUCUUUCUUUCUUUUUUUUUUUUUGAGAUGGAGUUUUGCUCGUGUUGCCCAGGCUGGAGUACAAUGGCGCAAUCUUGGCUCACCACAACCUCCACUUCCUGGGUUCAAGCAAUUCUCCUGCCUCAGCUUCCUGAAUAGCUGGGGUUACAGGAGCCUGCAACAACACCUGGCUAAUUUUGUAUUUUUAGUAGAGAUGGUGUUUCCUCCAUGUUGGUCAGGCUGGUCUUGAACUCCCAACCUCAGGUGAUCCACCCACCUUGGCCUCCCAAAGUGCUGGGAUUACAGGCAUGAGUCACUGUGCCUGGCCGAGUUUUAUUUUUUAUAAAGGAUUGCAGCCUGCAGGUUGGUGAUCCUGACAGGCUGGGAAGUGUAGACUCUGGCAGAGGCUGAAAGCAGGCAUUUAGAGGGAGGAAAGAGUUGAAUGGGAAUUUAUGCCAAAUGAGUUGGCUAAGAAUGCAUAUUUAAGAAGUUAUUUGAUUAUUCACAAAGUGGAGGGGCAGUACAUGGAUGCAUAGUUAGUAAACUGUGCAUGUUACAUAUGUCUUAUGUUCUCUUUGGGGUGGAGAUUUAACAUUUAAAUGUAUUACAAUUACACGAAGCAGAGGACAUGAAGGCACUCAGUGCACAGCCUCUGAAAAACCAGCCAGAACCCAUCUGUGGUUGAUGGUCUCUUACAAGGAUGUUACUGAAAUCAGUCUCUUGUCCAAUCAAAGCGGUAGUUAUGGCUUGUGGAACAGGGGUUGGGGGGAUACAGUUAGUUAGCUGGCAUCUGGUGGUCAGUGAGAUAUCAUUGUUUCAAUAUUGCUCAUCUCUAGGCCAGUGUCUAGCUACCAGAGAAAAAGAAAAACAUACUCUUUAAGUGUAGGGAUGUGUGACUUAAUCCUUGCCUGACAUAGCCUUAGGUCUUGUUUAUAACUUGGCAUCUUAUUGCCACAAAGAGUCUGUUCCUUCAGUGUUAUAAUGGCUAUUGUAACAAUAGCAAAUGCCCGUUUCUGUCCCACUCCCUUUGAGUAUUUAUCCAUAGUAUCUUCCACAUUUAGUUCAAAACUCAUCCAUGAUACUUCAGUCUUUCCACCUUAAUCAGAUAGCUCUCUUUUGUGUCACAUUUAAUUUCAAGUCAGCUAUUUACGUUAUUUAAGUACUGGUAAGAACACACUCUACGUAAACUAUUAUACUGGAUGCUCAAGGAGAUAAGUAGAAGACCGUUCUCUAGCUUUGAUGUAUUUGGUUGAGACAUCAAAUACAUUAAAAGUUGAAUAGGAGUGCAGAGUGGGACAAAUUAUACAGAAAGUAAUUGUGAUACUUUUGAGAUGAUAGUGGCUGAUCUGUUCAUUAUUUUGAACUCAGGAACUAAAAAACCAGUAAGAGGUGUAAGAGCUCUAGUUUUAUAGCUGAGAAAAUAAGCCCAGUGACAUAAGAGGUCUAGGGUCCCAGCUAUGAAGUGGCAGAGGUUUCCUGUCUCCUGGUCCUAUGCUGCUUGUGCAUAGGUUUCUAAUUACUCUCAAGUCUUUUAAUCAGUUAAUGUUUGCUCUCUCUAAGCAGACAGUUUAGAAUAGCCAGGUAAGAAGUGGGUUCUGAAGCUAAAAUGUUUGGGUUUGAAUCUUGGCUUUGCUAUUUACCAUGUGACUUUGGGCAAGUCACUAAUCUGAUUUAUUUACCCACCUAUGAGUAUUUUUAUUCAUUUUAUUUCAUGGGAUUGUUGUGAGCAUUACAUACUUAACAUGUACAAAGCAUGAAAAACUGGAUUUGUCAUUAUAAUUGCUAUUAGUCUGUGAGGGAAUGGAGGGCAAGGAAUCUAAUCAUCUAUUUUUUGUUUGUUUUUUAAACCUCUUCCCUCAGAUUCUGAUCAGAGCAUUUACGUGGAUGGUCAAUAAGUGCAUGUUAGCUACCUUCAGCUUAUUGGGAGUUUUUAUAUCACUGAAUUAAGACUGGAGAUUUGUGUAAGCCUGGCCUACUCUGGUACCAGGAAAGUCUAGAAAAGUAAAAAUUGAGAUAGCACUAGAUUGAUUUUAGGACCUAGCAGAGCUUUUUCUUUAAAAAAAAAAAAAAAAAAGAAAGAAAGAAAGUCAGUGAAGACAAAUAGGUGCUGAGAAAGAUGGGGGUCAACCAGUCUAAUUCCAAAUGAGCUUUCUCAUCUAUUUUAAGAUCUGUUUCAAACUUCCUUAGACAGAAAUCUGGCCUUUUAAGGAAAGUGCAGAGAACAUGCCUUCCUGGGUUUAGUUUGAGGGAAUAGGUGCUGCAUUUCACCCUGGAGGUGGCUGCACGAAUUUGCGAACUGAGUUGACAGCACUGACUCUCCGGAAGAAACGAUGCUAUCUCUACCCAGGGAGUUUAAUUACAAUGGCACUACUUGAAACAGCAGCAGCAGCAGCAGCAACAACAACAACAACACAGGCCACUGUUAGCCCAGUCACAGCUCAGCUCAAUAUUCAGAUUCGAGAAAGCAUUUUUUUCCCUGGGGCACCCUUCUCUACUCAAAUGCCCGCCGGAAAAAAUUCUGCGACAAGCACUGGGAGUGGGAAGAGCGGGUGGAGAUGAAUAAUAGCCCAUAUUCAGGGGUUAGAAAAAUCAUAUUAAUAAAUAAUAGGUUUUUUGUUUGUUUUUGUCAGAGACUUGCCACUACCUUCUGCAUCAUCCAUCAGGAAAUCUAGGGUUGGAAAAGUGUACCAACUGGCCUUCCAAAUCGUCUGCAUUUGGCAGAUGCAAAUCACACAGUUCUCCCCUACCCUCAGCACUUAAAACGGUAUCAAGGAAACAUAAGCAUCAAUGGAAGAAUCUUGAAGUGAAAAAUAAAUAACUGAUCAGUUUAGGGUUAGCGUUCUUGUGUGCAAGAGGGUUAGUGAAGGUCAGGCUAUGGGGCGCACCCACAGCGUCAGCAAAGGAGGAAGAAUUAAGGGGCAGCAUGGGCUGAAGAGCCCCAGAGUUUGGGAUCAAGCCAACCGGCUGGGUCUUUGGUAUCCUAGGAUCUCCUCUGCAGACAAUCCUUGGCAGUCUCUCGGUUUGAAUCUCGCCUGUACAUUUCCAGACGAGACAGUCUUAUUGAGCGUUCUCAGGGCGCCUAGCUCAGAGCUGACCGCAGAGCCGGCUCUCGAUAACAUCUAGAAGCAAAAGCAGCUUUUGAGGUUAGGGGCGGAAGGGCAUCGGUUUUACUUAUUUUAAGGCUGGCGCUCUAGUGCUGCCGGAUCCAACUGCCAGCACAAUGUUCCUGAUCACUUCUCGUCUCCAUUUCAGCCGACCCGCUCGGGGCUAAGCGGUUAAGCCGCGUCCUUCAGGUGUCAGUCUCAAUCCAUUCGGAAACCACAACCUCCAGAAUCCCUUGUGCUAGGAGGCCAGGCCGCAAAUAAGAUGGCUCCAGGAGUGUGGAACAUACAGCAGGGGGAAACCUCGUCGUUGGUAGUUUCUUCACGGGAUGUGUUUAAGUUGCCGAGUCCCCACAUACGCGCCACCCCACAAACCUCUUUCGAGGCCGUGGAGGCCACCGCUGCCGCCUUGCCCGCUCUUCCAGGAGCAUGCUGGGAGUUGUAGUCCAGCAGCCGGACUGCGCCGAGCUACCUUUCCCAGCUUGCCCUGCGGCUCGGGCGAUAUCGACAGUUUUUUCCAGAACUCUCUCUGCACUGAGAACCCCUUCCCCCGAGUCCCUUUCUCGCCGUCGACUCCUUCUCAUCUGUGGCGACAGAACAGCGGUUGCAGGAGAGGGCUCCGUCCCUCGCCGCGCCGCCCGGAGUGGCACUUCCGGCGGCGGUUCACUUCCUGGUUGGGUGGAUGGAGCCGGGCGGGAGCGCGCGCGGGGGAGGGGCGGGUCAGUCUCCGCCCGGCGCUCCCGGGAUCAGCUGGCUGGCGGGCGGGCGGGCGCCGAGCGCGGCCCUGGCUCUCGCUGCAGCGCCGCCUCCUCUUUGCGUCGCAGGCCGGCCCGGCGGCCGUGACAAUGUCGCGGGGCUGGUAGCUGGGCGCCGGCCGCCGAGCCGUCUCAAGUUUAAACUUACACGAAUCGCUCUCUGGAGGAGGAGGGGACCCGCCGCGCGAUUGACACGCAUAUUCCUAUAGGCAUCCUCCCUCAGCCCCCACCCCCACGGCCGGAUUCGGGUGGCUCCUCUCCGAGCUGAAAUCCGAGAAGAAAUCCUUGGAUCUCUUUUCUUAAAAAAAAAAAAAAAAAAAUCUAGAAACCAUCGGUAUUUUGCUUUGCUGCUUCCUUUUCGCAAGAUGAAGAAGUUUUUCGACUCCCGGCGAGAGCAGGGCGGCUCUGGCCUGGGCUCCGGCUCCAGCGGAGGAGGGGGCAGCACCUCAGGCCUGGGCAGUGGCUACAUCGGAAGAGUCUUUGGCAUCGGGCGACAGCAGGUCACAGUGGACGAGGUGUUGGCGGAAGGUGGAUUUGCUAUUGUAUUUCUGGUGAGGACAAGCAAUGGGAUGAAAUGUGCCUUGAAACGCAUGUUUGUCAACAAUGAGCAUGAUCUCCAGGUGUGCAAGAGAGAAAUCCAGAUAAUGAGGGACCUGUCAGGGCACAAGAAUAUUGUGGGUUACAUUGAUUCUAGUAUCAACAAUGUGAGUAGCGGUGAUGUAUGGGAAGUGCUCAUUCUGAUGGACUUCUGUAGAGGUGGCCAGGUGGUAAACCUGAUGAACCAGCGCCUGCAAACAGGCUUUACAGAGAAUGAAGUGCUCCAGAUAUUUUGUGAUACCUGUGAAGCUGUUGCCCGCCUGCAUCAGUGCAAAACCCCUAUUAUCCACCGGGACCUGAAGGUUGAAAAUAUCCUCUUGCAUGACCGAGGCCACUAUGUCCUGUGUGACUUUGGAAGUGCCACCAACAAAUUCCAGAAUCCACAAACUGAGGGAGUCAAUGCAGUAGAAGAUGAGAUUAAGAAAUACACAACGCUAUCCUAUCGAGCACCAGAAAUGGUCAACCUGUACAGUGGCAAAAUCAUCACUACGAAGGCAGACAUUUGGGCUCUUGGAUGUUUGUUGUAUAAAUUAUGCUACUUCACUUUGCCAUUUGGGGAGAGUCAGGUGGCAAUUUGUGAUGGAAACUUCACAAUUCCUGAUAAUUCUCGAUAUUCUCAAGAUAUGCACUGCCUAAUUAGGUAUAUGUUGGAACCAGACCCUGACAAAAGGCCGGAUAUUUACCAGGUGUCCUACUUCUCAUUUAAGCUACUCAAGAAAGAGUGCCCAAUUCCAAAUGUACAGAACUCUCCCAUUCCUGCAAAGCUUCCUGAACCAGUGAAAGCCAGUGAGGCAGCUGCAAAAAAGACCCAGCCAAAGGCCAGACUGACAGAUCCCAUUCCCACCACAGAGACUUCAAUUGCACCCCGCCAGAGGCCUAAAGCUGGGCAGACUCAGCCGAACCCAGGAAUCCUUCCCAUCCAGCCGGCCCUGACACCCCGGAAGAGGGCCACUGUUCAGCCCCCACCUCAAGCUGCAGGAUCCAGCAAUCAGCCUGGCCUUUUAGCCAGUGUUCCCCAACCAAAACCCCAAGCCCCACCCAGCCAGCCUCUGCCACAAUCUCAGGCCAAGCAGCCACAGGCUCCUCCCACUCCACAGCAGACGCCUUCCACUCAGGCCCAGAGUCUGCCCACUCAGGCCCAGGCCACACCCCAGCACCAGCAGCAACUCUUCCUCAAGCAGCAACAGCAGCAGCAACAGCCACCGCCACCACAGCAGCAGCCGGCGGGCACAUUUUACCAGCAGCAGCAGCAGGCCCAGACUCAGCAGUUUCAGGCAGUACAUCCAGCAACCCAGCAACCAGCCAUUGCUCAGUUCCCUGUGGUGUCCCAAGGAGGCUCGCAACAGCAGCUAAUGCAGAAUUUCUACCAGCAGCAGCAGCAGCAGCAACAACAACAGCAACAGCAGCAGCAGCUGGCCACAGCCCUGCAUCAACAACAGCUGAUGACUCAGCAAGCUGCCUUGCAGCAAAAGCCCACUGUUGCUGCAGGACAGCAGCCUCAAGCACAGCCAGCUGCAGCCCCACAGCCAGCCCCUGCCCAGGAGCCAGCGCAGAUUCAAGCCCCAGUAAGACAACAGCCAAAGGUUCAGACAACCCCACCUCCUGCCGUCCAGGGGCAGAAAGCUGGAUCUCUCACUCCUCCCUCAUCCCCCAAAACCCAACGUGCUGGGCACAGGCGUAUUCUCAGUGACGUAACCCACAGCGCAGUCUUUGGGGUCCCUGCCAGCAAAUCAACCCAGCUGCUCCAGGCAGCUGCAGCUGAGGCCAGUCUCAAUAAGUCCAAGUCUGCAACCACCACUCCAUCAGGCUCUCCUCGGACCUCUCAGCAAAAUGUUUAUAAUCCUUCAGAAGGGUCUACAUGGAAUCCCUUCGAUGACGACAAUUUCUCCAAACUCACAGCUGAAGAACUACUCAACAAGGACUUUGCUAAGCUGGGGGAAGGCAAGCAUCCUGAGAAGCUUGGAGGCUCAGCUGAGAGUUUGAUCCCAGGCUUUCAGUCAACCCAAGGUGAUGCUUUUGCUACGACCUCAUUUCCUGCUGGAACUGCUGAGAAAAGGAAGGGUGGGCAGACUGCGGACUCUGGCCUCCCGCUUCUAAGUGUGUCUGAUCCUUUCAUUCCUCUUCAAGUACCUGAUGCACCAGAAAAACUAAUUGAGGGACUCAAAUCUCCUGACACUUCUCUUCUGCUCCCUGACCUCUUGCCUAUGACAGAUCCUUUCGGUAGCACUUCCGAUGCUGUAAUUGAAAAAGCUGAUGUUGCUGUUGAGAGUCUCAUACCAGGACUGGAGCCCCCAGUUCCCCAGCGCCUCCCAUCUCAGACGGAAUCUGUGACCUCAAAUCGCACAGAUUCUCUCACCGGGGAAGAUUCCCUGCUUGAUUGUUCUCUGCUCUCUAACCCUACUACUGACCUUCUAGAAGAGUUUGCCCCCACAGCAAUCUCUGCUCCGGUCCAUAAAGCUGCAGAAGAUAGUAAUCUCAUCUCAGGUUUUGAUGUCCCUGAGGGCUCGGACAAGGUGGCGGAAGAUGAGUUUGACCCUAUUCCUGUAUUGAUAACCAAAAACCCACAAGGUGGGCACUCUAGAAACAGCAGUGGGAGCUCUGAGUCCAGUCUUCCCAACCUAGCCAGGUCUUUACUGCUGGUGGAUCAGCUCAUAGACCUGUAGCCGUGACCCAGUAGCAGAUGCAGUUCUGUAACCUUCAUACCGUAAAACACAUUUUCAUUACGGAGUUAUGAAAAAAAUGAUUUUUUAAAAAAAAUCUGCAAAUAAGGGGCCCUCCAGCCCUUUUCUCCAAACCCUUGCCUUCUCCUGUAGAAAUGAUAAGGAAAGAAAAUCACUUUGGCCCUCCAGAUAUUUCUUGGCCAGUUCCUCCCUGUUAGUUUGCUGUGUUUUCUCAUUACCCUUCUUCAAUAGCAUUAUCUUAAAUCAAGCGCUAGAUGCCAUGAGCUUCACCUCUGCUGGAGUCAACUCCACCAAAAGCUUAACUGUAACUGAAACUAGUGAAUUGACACUUUUGUCUCAUUCUUGCUAGGAAUGGCCUCCCAAAUCAAUUCUCCCAACCCAUGUCUCCUUUGGCCAGAUGCUGAUGAAUGUAUUUCCCUGUUUUUGCUUUUUAUCCUGAUGCAUUAUCACGAGGACAUGGCUACUUCAGUUGGUCUUAACUCUAGGCAGUAGCCUGGAGAUGGGUGUUUUAUUUCCAAUGGUUUAAGAAAGGGUGAAACUUACUGACUGGUAGUAUAUAUAUAUAUAUAUAUAUAUAUAUAUAUGAAGAGAAAUUGAACCCAGCUCUAGCCAACCAACUUUGACCUUGUUUGAUCAUAGACUUAGCCAAGGGAUUUUACACCCCAUGCAACCUGCCCAGCAUUCGUCCAGCUUUCUGGCUUCCAUUGAACCGUGAUUUCUCAGAUCUGGAGACGUGACUGCAAGUACUUGAGACCCUUGGAUAAAAUGUGUAUGUUAUAUAAAUCCCAAGUAUUGCCAUUCCUUUUCAUGUUAACCGUCCCAAGUGGGAUCUCAGAAUUAGACCAAAACAAGACAGUGGUGGUAAUAUGAUACCUUUUAUUAGAAGACUUUUCACUGCGGGAGGGGGGAGGAUGGGGAGGGGAAGGAAUUGUAGCAGAAACAGAUGUAUUUUUCUUGUGAUUUUUAUUUUGAAUCAAAUAUUGUAAAUUGUGUAUAAAUGAAGACGCUGAAUAGUUCUGUUUCCACUUGGCAUUUCAAGUCUGAUAUCAGGUGUCUGUACAGGGUUUUGAUCUCUUUCCCUUGUAUAACAACACAACAAUCCUACAGUGUAACAUAUGGAAUCAUUUUGAAUAGACUUGUGUGUUGCUAUAAGCUUUCAGCAGGUCCUCUGUCUCUAGAAUAAGCAUGUUGUUUAUUUUCAGAUAAUGAGAAAUAAGUGUGCUGACAAGCUGGACACAAUCUGAGUGUGCCCAGCUUACCUUUCUUUCUCUCUGAUGUUUAAAUCGAAGGCUGCAGCCAAUGGAAUAUGUUCAGUUGAUUUUCCUUGGCUUCCUAGAUUAAAAAAAUAAUAAUAAAACAAAGCAUAGUUCUUUAUUAACUUUAGGAUAUUGUUCAUAAAAUAAAUAAAGGCCCCUGCACUAACAUGACAACAUGCCUCAUGGUCACCCUCUGUAUAUGUACUUACUCAUUAAAGUGUGUUUUAUUUCCUUAUGUGGAAAGCACUUUUAUAAAAUCACCCUUUUGAAAAGAAGUGGGCACAGAGAACCCCACUCUUGUUCUCUUCCUCUAGUGCUAUUGUCCAUCAUCAAAAGGGAAACUCUUAGUUGAUGAGAUUUGUACAAAUAAAAUUCCAAGUCCAUUUGCUUGUUUUGCUAUCUAGUACUUUUGUUUCUUCUUCCUCACAUUUGCACUUUAAGAGGGGGAAAAAGUUUAACAGCAACAACAGCCUAUGAAACACUGCAUUCUGGAGGGCAAGGUUUGGUCCUAGGAAUGAUGUGAGCAGAAUUUGGAAGGUAUUGGAGGAAAAGUCAGAAUCUUCCAGCCUUUCGUCUUUAAAUACUUCCCGUGCUGGCUGAAACAAGAUGAGCUAGGUAAAGACCUCUAGUUGAAUAAUAUUUCCAAAAUGGAGAGAGUCACAAGCUUCCUGCCGAGGAUUAAAAAGCAAAAGAUAUCCACGAAGGGCUCUCUGUGGUUGGAUAGCAGUGAAAAUAGGACUUGGUUUACACCUUUAUGGACAGGAAAAUUGCUGCAGUUUGGAAUUGUAGUCUCUUUCCUGGACAUAGAAAGAAUGUAUUAACUAAUGAGGAAGUGUUUAUUUUUAAAUAAGAAUAAUGUUUUAGUUCUGCAUUUUCACAUUUGAUUUUUUUCAUAUAUACAUAUUAGAAAUAUAAUGAAAUAUCUAGUUUCUCAAUUGAAACUAUGAAGAGUACAGUUUAGAAAUUAGGUAUCUCUAAAUUGUUCUUUUGAUGCAUUACCCAUAAUUACAUUGAGAUAUAUUAUCUAGCCAUUUGGCUCAGUAAAGCUUAAUGGAGACUGUUAAUGAAAAUGAGCAGACUAGAAGCCAGAGACGGUAGUAGAAGCCUGAGGGAGAUAAUGACAAGAAAUUGUCUUGGGCUUAUUUAGAGUAAGGCCUCCUCAAAAGGGAGAACUAUUUUUCUGUUAAGGAACACAUACGAGUGCUUUAGUAAACGGGGCCUUCCUUGGGUUAUAGCAUCAUCCCUGAGCUGAAAGAGUUUAUUUGAGAUGAGCAUAGUGUACUAGUACCUGUGGAAUCAUAGCCUGAGCUAUAAAGGGACCUUUGAGACCAUCCUCUAGUCCACCAUCCUCUUCAUUUUACAGGUGUGGGAACUGAGCUGGAUUGAACAGGGUCGGGGGAGAAGAGGCCUGGGCAGGACAGGCCACCUGGGAUCUCAUCCUGGCCCUUGCCAGCUACUGGCUCAGUGACCUUCAGCAGGCACUUCACCUCUCAGAGCUGCUGUUCCUUAGUUAUACAAUGGGUUUGGACUAGAUGGUCUUUAAGAUUAUAGAAGCAUAGGUUCCUAAGUAGAUAUUAUUAUGCUUAGAAGGGCUAUGAAGGAUUUAUAUAAUCCUGAUGUUCUUCAGUUAUCUUCUAUAAUUCCUGCUAUUUCAGUGGCAGUGUUUACAUUUUAAAGAAUUAUAAUGGGCUUUUACUAACUUGCUCUUUCUUGAUUAUCUGACUAGAAGCCUAGAUUAUCUGAAUAGAAGCCUAAAUCAUCAUAGUCUGAGAGAUUUUCCUUUUUAAGUAUUACAGAAAAACAUGCGUGUAUACACACCUACCUAUUCUAAUAAAAUGAUAUCAGAUUUCUUUUUAAAUGUAUAAUCAGGGAUUUACCAGUUUAAAACGGGCAAAUACUAAAGCAUAUGUUUCUGUAUCAGCCGGGCGCGGUGGCUCAUGCCUCUAAUCCCAGCACUUUGGGAGGCCAAGGCGGGAGGAUCACAAGGUCAAGAGAUCGAGACCAUCCUCGUCAACAUGGUGAAACCCCGUCUCUACUAAAAAUACAAAAAUUAGCUGGGUGUGGUGGCGUGUGCCUGUAGUCCCAGCUACUCUGGAGGCUGAGGCAGGAGAAUUGCUUGAACCCAGGAGGCGGAGGUUGCGGUGAGCCGAGAUCACGCCAUUGCACUCCAGCCUGGGUAACAAGAGCAAAACUCCGUCUCAAAAAAAAAAAACAUAUGUUUCUGAUUUGCUUUUAUUGCAACCAUGUAAGAGGAGUAACUAUAGCAGAAACAUCACAAAUCGAUUUUUCCCUUUACAACAUUCAAAUGAGCCCCAAUGUUUUCAAAAACACAUACCUCAGAGGAGAUAGGGCUUAAAUGGGCACCUCUAAAUAUGAUUGUGAUUAUUAUAAUUAAUGAUUUCUUUAGCAGAUAUAUUAGAAUUUUGACAUCUAAUUAAAUGUUGUUCCCUUCAAAGUCAUCUAGUUUUAUUUAAGAAGUUAUUAUUCUAAUGAGGCUGCCAUCCUUAAAGUUAUUUUUGAAACUUCUCUCCUUAGAAAUAAUAUCAAGGAAGGUAAUAAGGUAUAAGAAAACCAGUUAUAUUAUUUAAUUAGUAUCACUUUGAGAAAGCAUCUAAAAGUAUAUUCUACCACUCUUGGUUCUGCGUAACAUUUAGCCAUUUCCAGAAAGCAAAUUCAACCCUGUAAGAUGAAAAGUGGUUACUGUUGAAGACAGUGAAAAGAAUAAACCACAAAAAAUUAUCAGAAAGGUUCUUCUAAUAGAAGGUGAACACGAUCAAGUCUUAAUUUCUUUACUUUUCUGAAUAAGGAAACUUCUGUGAUUCCCCCGUCUUUAGAAUGGUUUAAAAAAUUGAAACAUAGGUAUUAAAACACCUGUGAAAGAAGUUGUCACUUUGUUUAGUGUUGAUAUUGGACUUCACUUUUCCUGAAUUAGAAUUACAGAACUUGGAUUGCUAAUACUUGCAGAAAAACAAACCCAAGAAAAGAACUUACUUUUCUCAAGAUGUAAUAUUUGUUUUGUUGUGAAUACAUUUGUUUUUUUGCUUUGAAUACUUACUUUCUACUCUCCUGACAGAUAAUCAAUCAAUAUAACCUUCCCCAGGUCAGGAAUAGUUCUGCCUUCAGCACUGCUAUGGGAAUGAAGGGAUCUUUGGGGCUGACAGCCUGCAAUUUGAAGGGAUCUGCACUCAGCUGAAUAAAUACAUGCUAUAGAUACCUUGGGCCAAAAUAAAGUCUCUCUUGAUAAGGUUUUUCUGGGAUUUUCCAGAGUCUUUAACCUUCUCAGUCUAUAAGAUUAUCAGACUCUCAUAGCUGCUAACUUUGAGCUUUGGGAUGAAAAUGACAGGAUUGCCCAGUGUUCUGGGUUAAGCAAUUUAGAGGCUGCCUGGCAGAACAGAAAAACAAUCAUAUGAAUAUUUAGAAUGGAAUCUUUCCUGACACACUCCAGAUACUGCAAAGCUAUCUUUUAUUCCUCUCUAAAGGCUGUAAUUUUACCAACACAAAGUUAGCCUUUUCUUUUUCCACACUAGUAAUGUUUCUGAAGUUGGAUGUGCUUAGGUUUCUUAUCAGAAUGAGUCCCAGAAAAUCUAUAACAAGGAAACUCUUGCUUCUCCCAGAUUUCCUUUCACUAAUAUCGGAUAGGGAGGCUCCUGGGGUAAUGCUAACCUAUGCAAAGAAGUUUCCAAAUGGUGGUAGUUGCUAAAAUGAAAGACACUUUCUUGGUUCACACUUUGAUGUAGUGUCCUGAAUUUACUCUUUUCCCAUGAGUAUUCUCCUCUGCCCUAUUGCGCUCUCCUUUGUCAUGUGGAUGUGUAUUUAUCAUAGGUCUUUAACCUGUCCUUCCCAAGAAGACAGACAGUUGUAUAUGAAGAUACCUUAUGCAGUAAAAAUGUGAAAUUUGAACAUUGCUGCACAAGAAUUGCAUUAAAAAAAGUCUGUAAAGAAAUUUCUUAUGUAAACAUACAGGGGAAUAAAAACUUUUAUCUGUUCAAAUGGGAGCAUGAUGUUUAGAGAUGUAAAUAACUUAAGUUGCUCUUUUCCUAAGCUGAAAACCCACUUUUUUACAGAAAGGAUUUAAUCACAGUGUUGAGUGACAGUAAGUAUCUGUGCACAAGGAAAGUGUAGCUACAUACUGAGGACAUAGUAAUGAAUCGUGGCUACCCGAGAGAAUAAGCCUCCUAUGGCCAAGGAGAAUUAGAUGCUGGCCAGCCUACAUUGGAUUUGACCAGACACAAAGUUAUAAAAUGGAGCACAGGUUUGCAGCUUCCCUUCUCUAAUUAAUUCCUAAUAUACCCAGGCCAACUUAAUCAAACAUUUUUUGUUGGCAGGAAUAAUUUUAUCCCCAGUGAGAAAGCUCUCUCAUUUAAUUGCCUCAUUGGCUCAAGAGGCACAGCUGGCCAUUUUUGGCUUCCAUCAGGUCCCUCAUUUCCUAGUCAUGGGUUUUAAUGCAGCUGCCCAAUAUAUGGUGGAACCAAAUGCCUACUUUUAUUAUGUGAACUAAAAGUUCAUGGAAAUUAUUAGUUUGAUGUACAUCUCUUGAUUUCCCCUGUUUGGUUCUAAGACUUUACAUUUCCAUUGCUGUUGCAUUUCCAAGUUUUUGUAAAGGGGUAGUUUGCUUUCUAUUUACUAACUAUAUGAGAAGGCUUCUUCUCAAUACUCCAAGUCUUCAUUUUCCAUUUUUGGCAACAAUUAUAUCUUUGAUACUCCCUGUAACUGUUAUUUCAGUUUAUGGUAUGAAGAAAAGUAAACUUCUGGUUGUGCAUGAUAUAUUUCAUGAAGGAAGAUCCAUCCUGAUAUUUAAGUCUUAAGAGUUUGAUUCUUUAGGGAGCAUUCUGAUGACCCUCACUGUGUCAAUCAGAUGGAAUUUCCAAGGGAAAGCAAUCCUAAAUGAUUCAGCACUUUUGGUUGCUUUGGAAGUUAAUAGGGAGCUGGUGAGGAUAGUUGCAAAGUCAUCAGGUAUUUUAGGGACUCUUUCUCUUCCCUGAAGCGUGUGAAUUCUUGCUGAAAUCUACAGAAUUUGGAGCCUCAAAAUAGACUAAUAUGGAGUUACCCGUAUCGGAAGUGUCAAAGUGCCCAACCUGACACACAGUCCUACCUCAGAGCAAGAAAAAGAAGUGUGUUUUGACUACUUGCUUAAUUUUAUGUGCAAAACGAAAAUAAAAAGAGGCAUGACCCAGUUUGAGGGAAUUAUAACAAAACCCUACCUUAGGCUCCGUGAUAAGUAAGACCCUGAGCAGACUGUGAAGCCAGGCCCUGGGGUUUAGCCCCUGAGGUACAACAGGCAGUGUUUACUGAGUUCUGAGGCCACAGGUGUCUGCUAUAGUGUGCUAUUGGUUACCAGAGGAACCGGGACAAGGCAUGUGGUUAAGUGGUAUAAAUCCUUCAUUGCUAGUAGAGAAACUGUUUCAAACACAUUUUCUUGUUGACACAAUGCUAUCUUCAUAUAAAGGAACUGUUCACCCUGAAAACACAUUUUCCCUAUAAGAACACAUUCACAUACUCAAAAAAAAAAAAAAAAAAGACUUUUAUAAGCCAACAAGAUUUGAUGGUUACCUUCUGUUUAUAGUAUAUUUGGAAUGUCUCUUUCUCUUGACUACCUUGUUUCUGCUGCUACCACCACCAGAAUUCCUUAAGUGAAUGUGGAGGUUUGGGCUUCCCCCGUAUUCUCUGGCAUUUCUUUGGCCUUCAGAGUACCAGGCCUGGAGAGUUGCAAAGUGUGCUUGCUGUCUGCCUCAGUCAGUCAUACUGUACCUCCCCUAAGAAUAGAAAGGUUAAGGGACUUGGCCUUCUCAGGAGAACCCUUUAAAUAUAGUUUUCCACUCCUACAAAGCCUAUUGAUGCUGAAAGAAAGAUAGGAAAUAGCUCUAGUCCUUGUUUUGAAGGACAGGAGACUAAUUUUCCCUUCAAACUUGAUAUUCUGGUAUUUUUGUGAAUUAUUCAAAGUUGUUGGAAUUUUAAGUCUGAUUUUCCCCUUGGUCAUCAUGAAGGUCAUAGAAUAUGCUCUGAGUUGGAAUGUUUGCCAAAUGGGUUCUUGACCAAAAACCUACUUUUUAACAAAUAAUUUUGAUGGAUUAGACAUGUCCUUCCGUCCUCUCCAACUCUGGGUAUGGGUACACACACACCCCUUGGUACUUUCCAGUUCUCAAAAUGUAAUCUAGCACUUUAGGCAUCCAGCGUGCCCCUGGUUCAAUAGAUAGCUGGUUUUUUUGCCAGUCUCCACACACAAAUUGUUUUGACUGAAUUUAGUUUAAAUUUCUAAAAAACACUGACUCCAAUCAAACUAAUGUUCACUGUAUUACUGACCUAUAUGAUGUCAGAAUUGGUCAUUGGCUUGACUAAGUUUUCCAUUUUUUUCCCUAAGAAAUACUUUGCUCUCCUGAAGCACAAGCUUAAUAACAUCAGCUUUCAGGGUAGUUUUGGAAGAUGAGAAAUUGUGCUUUUGUUUUGGCAACUGAAAACGUUUUCCAACUGAUACUAUGUGAGGAAGCUGCUUCCAGGAGUUUUAGGGCUCUCUUGUCCUGCUUUAAGGCUCUGCAAACCUUAUUUUAGAAAACUUAUUUUUCUCCCUUUUAUUUGAAUUUCCUCCCAGAAAUUAUCAUCUUGGUAUCACUGAGACAAAUCUAUAUCAAUAUACUUGCCUGAGAAAUUAGGAUGAUUUCUGUCCACAUAAAUUGAAAGGGAGAAGGUGUUCUGUUUAUUUCCUGUUGGCUGACUGAUGCUUUCAUAUUACCAUGUAGCUGCACAUAUUAAAAUUACAAUGCAAGGAAAAACUUACUAUCUUCAAAAUCUUAUUCUUUAAAUAGUAUUCAGAAAGCCAUUUGGCACCAGUACAUAAUUUAACUUAAUGCUCUAAUCUGAAAUUUACUGAAUUCAUUCAAACUGUUAGAAAGGAAAAUAAAAACAGAGGAAAAACACAUUUUUGUUUUGUUUCUGAAAACAAUAAGGUCAGAACUGUCUAAAAAGAAGCACUGCUAAAAAGUUAUAGGAUUCAUAGAAAUAUAGUAUUUUUGUACAGUAUCUUAUAAAAUGUUCAGACCCCUCUCUACCUUCUCUUUACAAUGUGAUGUCUCUAAGUGACUGGUUUCCCAAUAAACUGAUUUUAAUCCCUC